CAACACCAACGUUGUAGAUUAAUUUAUUAUUUCAAGAAAUAUUCAAGAUAGAAAAGUUAUCAAGAUAGACAAGUUGCAAUGGCGACAUUACCACAAUUGGACCAAGACAAAUUGAAAUUGGUGCAGGAGCUGGAGAUAGAAAUGAUGUCCGAUAUGUAUAAUCGUAUGACAUCUGCGUGUCAUAGAAAGUGCAUAGCACCAAAAUAUACCGAGGCUGAACUAGGCAAGGGAGAAUCGAUAUGUCUAGAUCGCUGUAUCGCUAAAUACUUGGACGUUCACGAACGCAUCGGCAAGAAACUCACCCAGAUUUCAAUGCAGGAAGCUAAAGUCCCGGAGCCACCGAAACCAAAUUAAAUUAAAUCACUUGUGCCAUCUUUCAGUGCGAUUACAGUUUGUAACCUGUACGAGUUCUUAAUUCAUGUUUACAUUUAGAAAGAAAAUAAAUUGAACGUUUGACUUUUUC